AUCAUCAACCAUCAAUCCAGCCUAGGUUUGCAGAGCCACUAUCAAAGGUCCCCCAAUCUUUCUCAACGUCAAUUAUUUGUGAGUUUUAACAAUACUCUACCGUGAUGUCUUUGAAACCAUAUGUUUUUCUUUUUGUUUUGUUGUGUACGUUUUCAACAGUGUUAGAUAUUUGUUUUGGCCUGUGAGUAAAAUGACUUUACCUGGACGUGGUGCAGUAUUCUUGUAAACAAAGUAUCUUAAGUCGCUAUAAUUAGUCCAAACCGUUAAUCAAGGUAUCAAAUUGGUCGGGGUCUAUUGUAUUACAAUCUGCUCUUCCGGAAACUGUUGUGUAAAAAAAAAAAAAAAAUCUCAGAAGCAGAAUUCUGCUUCUGCUGCCUUUCCUUUUCUGGAAAUCCCUCUCCUCUCUUGUAAAUUGAAUCAUUCAGUUUUAAGCAUCGAUCUAGUUUAAUCCUCUCUCUCUCUCUCCCAAGUGAAUCAGAUUCUCCUCAGUUUCAGGAGCAAUAUUAUUUUGUGGUAUUGUAAAGCUUGAAUUAUAUGGGGGACUUCCGCAACAAUGACUCGUUUGUGAUAGAUAUGCCAGAAUACUGGGGAUUAGUGGCCGGAGAAUCUACGGUGAAUGGUAAAUCAAUGAAAAAAUUGCCUAUAACAAAGGACAUUCUUGAUCCGGAGGGGACAUUCUUUCCAAUGUGGAAUAAAAUAUUUGUGAUAGCGUGUGUAGUUGCUGUCUUAUCAGAUCCUUUGUUUUUGUACAUUCCUAUCCUCAAAGAUGAUAUGAAGUGCCUGGGAUUUGAUGCAAAGUUGAAGAAAGUAGCUCUUGUCUCAAGAUCAGUAACAGAUCUGUUUUAUGUCGUGGACAUUAUUUUGCAAAUUUGUAGCAGACUUACUGCCAAGACAUUUGCAGCCUCGUGGAUAUCGAUAACUGAAGAGGCAUUUCCUUUGAAAGGAGAGAAAUCAGUUAAGGAUGCUCUGGCAUUAGCCAAAAGGAUUUCGCUCUCAUAUAUUCUAAUUGACAUUUUAGCUGUUCUUCCCUGUCCGCAGGUGGUGAUUCUCAUGUUCUUUUCAAAAGUGAGGGCCUCAAAACCUUCGGUUACAAGGAUAUUUCUGAACUCUCUUGUUCUGUUCCAAUAUGUGCCACGAGUUCUCCGCAUCUACCUCUCAGGCAAGGCUCCUAGCAUAGAGAGCGGAAUAGGACUAUGGAUUAAAGGCGUGUUCAAUUUUUUUCCCUUCUUCCUUGCUGGUCAUGUACUUGGAGCAAUUUGGUACUUUUUUGCUAUUCAACGAGAGGCAGCUUGCUGGGUAUAUGCUUGUCAAGGUGAAAGCGGAUGUGAGCCCAGUACUUUUAAUUGUGACAACAAUGUGUUCAGAAAUAUCACACACCUCAAUUAUUUUUGCCCCAAAAACCCUCCAAACACUGCACUGUUCGAUUUUGGCAUAUUUCUUGAUGCUCUUCAGUCUGGUAUGUUAGAGUCAACAGAUUUUCCACAAAAGUUGCUGCAAUGUUUCUGGUGGGGCCUGCGAAAUUUGAGUUCUUUUGGUCAAAACCUCCAGCCCAGUCCCUAUGCACUGGAAAACCUCUUUACGGUUUCAAUUUCUAUAAGUGGCAUGCUACUAUUUUUGAUUUACCUCAAUGCAAAUUUGCAGACAUAUGUUGAGUUGGAAGCAAAAAGAUCAGACAAUCUUCGAUUCAGACGGAAGAUGCAAAUCAUAAAUCCAGAAAUUGAUUUGUGGUUACAUAAAAAUGGUCUUCCUAAAGAUCUGAAGAUGGGAAUAAUGGAUAAUGUGCAACAAAAACUUGAAGAAAACAAAGAUGUUCAUGUGGAAAAUAUCCUCUCUAUUCUUCCCUUGAAACAUAAAAGACAUAUUAUGCGACUUCUCCGCUUGGCUUCGCUAAGGAAAGUAUCAAUGCUUAAGCAUAUGGAUGAACAAGUGUUGAAUGCAAUCUGUGAGCAUCUUAAACCUGUGAUAUAUGCCGAGGACAACUAUAUUAUUCGGGAGGGGGAACCACUUGAGAAAAUGAUCUUCAUCACACAAGGCAUUGCAUGGACCUAUGCAACUAAUAUUGGUGGUGUAACCAGUAGUUCGUCAAACAUUGAUUGCCUUGAGAAAGGUGAUUUUUAUGGAGAAGAACUUCUUAAUUGGGCAUUUAAUUUUGCCUCCUUUUCGGAGUUACCUAUCUCGAGCAGAACUGUUAAGUCCCAAAGAAAACUUGAAGCAUUUGCUAUCAGGGCUAACGACUUGCAUAGUGUUGUCUCUAAAUUCUGGUGGCAUUUUAGCAUGGAGCUUGAACCUGAUAAUCAACCAAGGAGGCGAGAACAUUUGGCAACUUCUUGUUUACAGAAAACGUGGCGCCGGUAUCAUGCAGGGCCUAGGGGUGUUGGAACUGGGUGGAAGAAAUUUUAUAAUGAUUUAGUGAAAACUUCAUAAUUGACCAUUUUUGAGAAAAUUUCUAGUUGGUAUCUUGUUUAAUAGAAGUUAGUUUAAUGAUAUAGAUCAAAAUUUAUGUCUAUACUUUUAUACUGGCAUCAGUUUUGUAGAACAUGUUAGAAAUGUUCAUGGUUGUGAUACUGCUGAAUGUAUAAACAAUGUAUGAAUCUGAUGCCAUAUCUGGCUUUUCAUCAUCUUUCCCAGAUUAUGAGGAGAUUAUUGUUA